CAGAAUGAGGCGGUCCCUUUCAGACCUUCAGGAUCAAGCACAGGUGGCUUCCCUUAAUAAAAAAACACCUAAAUUGUCAUUGGGCAGAUGCAAUCAUGUGACAAGCGGUACGGUCUAAUUUUCCAAGCAUGUCUCCAUGAAAUCACCACUUCAUGGCGCAGAGAUCUCCACACGACUUUCAGAAUAAACCGCGUUUUAAUUUCCACGCUGAAUCUGCGGAGAUCCAGAACAAGAAUCAGGAGAUGAAUUACGAAUUUGGGAGAGAAAGUGGUUUUAUCAACAGCCGGCCGUCUCUCGCUGAGUGCCUGACAUCUCUCACUAACCCCGUCGGUGAUGCGUUUCAAAGUCCAUCAAUCAAGAGCUCGACACCGAUUCCUCCCCCUCCUCCUUACGAGCACACCAUCCCCGGCUUGAAGCCCAGCGUCCACCCACGCUGCAAGCGGGCUCUGAAAGGUUGCGGUCCGCCGCAGGCUGCGUCUCUGCCGACGAAGUACCCGUGGAUGAAGGAGAAGAAAAGCAUCAAGAGGAGCCAGACUGCUGCUUCUUCAGCCGCUACAGCAGUGUCUGACCUCUCUCCCCAAGGCUCUCCUGAGAGGCCCGAGAGUGCUGCUGGUCCCUCUGAGUUUGUGGGGGUAUCCAGGAGGCUGAGGACCUCGUACACCAACACCCAACUCCUGGAGCUGGAGAAGGAGUUUCAUUUCAACAAAUACCUGAGCAGACCCAGGCGGGUGGAGAUAGCCGCGCUGUUGGAUUUAACGGAGAAGCAGGUGAAAGUGUGGUUUCAGAACAGGCGGAUGAAGCACAAAAGGCAGACCCACUGUAAGGAGAACCGGGACACCGACGGCAAGUAUUCAGCGGGCCUGGAGGACGAGUUGGAGCUGGCUGAAGAGAGCGGCGAGGGCGGCGCGCUCCUGCAGAGGGAGCAGUCCAGUUUCCACCAUAACACCCUGACUUCACAACAGCGUCAGAACGGACACAAUGAGCAGAACCACGGCCCUCACUACGGCCCUCUGAGCUACAAUGAGAAAAAUCUGAAACAUUUUAACAGCCCAGCACCCAUCUGUGCGUCAACAAUGGGCCCAGACAAUGCUCAGUCCCCCGGCUUGGACGCCUCUUUGCAGGAUUUCUACAUUUUUUCCUCCUCGGCUUCUUUUUCAGCGGUUUUAUCGCAGAGUCCGCCGCCUUUAUCCUGUGAAACUUUCGACCUUUUCUCAGAGAUCCUCACAACAAUGGACCUGGAAAAUCUCAGCUACUGAAACCCUUUCUGUUUAUUUUAAUUAGAUUCUUUUAUUCAGAUUAUGUGGGAAAUUAAAAAAGACCUCACAAUAAGGUGAGUUAAUAGACUUUUUUUCAGCGCAGGACAUAUUCAGGUUUAUUUUUAUAUGGAUUUGUAAGAUUAUUAUAUUUCUUGAAAUAAACUUUCACAAUUAUUGAAAAGA